GGUGACCUGAGAUCAGAGGCCCCUGCCACUUCCUCCCACCGCAGCAGGCUCCUGUGCCCCGUGCCCCCUGCUUACCUCCCCCAGGAUGAAACCUCCCCUUGCCCUGGCCUUCCUUUGCCUCCUGGUGUCCCCAACCGGCGGGAACCUGGUCCAGUUUGGAGUGAUGAUCGAGAGGAUCACGGGGAAGUCUGCGCUGCAGUACAACGACUAUGGCUGCUAUUGUGGUGUUGGUGGUUCCAACUGGCCAGUGGACCAGACCGACUGGUGCUGUCACGCCCAUGACUGCUGCUAUGGACGCCUGAAGAAGCUGGGCUGUGAGCCCAAGCUGGAAAAGUACCUCUUCUCUGUUGGUCGGGACACCAUCUCCUGUGCUGGUAGGAGCUCUUGCCAGCGGCAGACCUGUGAGUGUGACAGAAGGGCCGCGCUCUGCUUCCGCCACAACCUGGGCACGUACAACCGCAAGUAUGCGCACUACCCCAACAAGCUGUGCACCGGGCCCACCCCACCCUGCUGAGACCCCACUGGUCUCCCCAACCGCCCCAGGUGGCUGCUGUCCCAGGCCGGGAGAAGCUCGGAACCUAAACCGCUCUCCUGCAAGCCCGACCCUCCCCCCAGAGCUCACAGGCCCUGGCCUCUGGGACCACACCUGCUCCCCAGGAUCAGCUAAAGGAGCCACGGGACCCUUCAGCGCCCACAAGACCAGCUAAGUCUCCCCGG